AUCUCCCAGAGAAGACACUUUCUCCCAGAGAAGACACAUUCUCCCAGAGAAGACACUAUCUCCCAGAGAAGACACUAUCUCCCAGAGAAGACACUAUCUCCCAGAGAAGACACUCCAGAACAGAGGAAGAACUCAACAUCGCAGACACUUGUCUCCAACAACACAAAAUGGCUUCUAAAUACAUCACAGAAAUUGCCAUCUCCACUACCCGUGAAAUGGACCAACAGCUUCAUGACCAAGACUAUGACAAGAUAAAUGUCAACCUCAACAAAGGCACUUCAUCCACCACCAGAGUUUACAUCUGGUACAAAAAGGGCAAUGGUAAACCCAUCACCAGAGUCCAGUUUUCAUUCACUGAUGAAAUGAAAGAUGUCCUGAAAAAAGCAGGGUUCACUGAGCUCCCAGAAAACCUCAACCCUGGAACACAAGGAGACGUCAUCCAGCUGUGGUACUCUAGUGGUGCAAGCCCUAAGUAUGACAUUCCCAUUGAAGAUCUCUUCCUCACCACUAAUGAGCAAGAAGAGGCCCACCAAUUCAAGCUUGGCUGGGAAAGGUUACCAUGCAAUCUGAACCGCAGUAACUCAGGAGAUUUCAUCACCCUCUGGUUGAAGAGAAAGAGUAAGACCUACAUCUGUGAUGUUGCUGCCGCCACCUCAUUCCAACAACACAUCAACCUUUUCAACGAGGGCUACAUCCGGCUGGAUGAAGAUCUCAGUAGAGGUUCUGGAGGAAAACCCAUCUACCUCUGGUACCGUCAAUCCACCACAGUGGGCGGCGGGAUCACUGAGAUGAAUGCAUGCAUCAACCGUGAGCAGGAUUCCAUCCCAGAGGAGCGUGGUUUCACCGUGGUGAAUGUUAACCUCAAUGAGGGAACAUGCGGUCAGCCAGUGUAUGUCUGGUUCAAGAAAGAUGGAUCUCUCCCUAUCAAGGCCUUGACCGUUACAUCCAACCCUGAUGUAACUGGCCCUUAUGACGAGGCCGGCUUGAUCCUCAUCGAUAAAAAUCUGAAUGCUGGCAACAGUGGUGUGCCCCUCUACCUCUGGUAUGGCAAAUAAAAACCUGAGUUGGAGAGGUAGAAUCAGCCCCAAAAUUUGGCCAGAUAUUAGCUUUUUGCAUGGCAAUAUAUCAGUUUAAUUUUUAAAUAUUUUUCUGAUACUCAAUGUUAUCUUUUAUGUAAUAAAGUCACUGUCAGAGAUAAUUUAGAAAGUUUUCUUUAAUGUUGUUUUCAAUCAAUUGACAAUUGAAUUAUAUAAAUGAUAUUUUAGCAGCAGUUUAAGUCUUCUGAAUAUACCAAGGGGUUGUAAGGUUUUAUAUUGCAUUGUGUUAGUCAGAUAUUAUUUUGAAAUACCUGAGUAAAGUAAUACAAUUAAAAUGAUUCCUGUGUAACACUGAUCAUUCUGUUAAUCAAUAAAGAAAGCAUAGCAAAUGAGAACAUUGUACCUUUUAAUUCAUCAAAUGCUUGACCUUAGCACAAAGUCCUGAUAACACCUACUGUACAUUACCAUUUAUAUUAUAAUGACCAGGACCAUGGGAGAGUACAAAGCUCACAAAUGCACACUAAGGUUAAAAAUGUAAAAAUCUGAUAAAUAACAUAACUAAAGAUUUGUUUCACUGAGAACUCACAUUUGACAGUUUGGGUGCCUUGCAGAUUGUAGGAUAUGUUUUCUUUGACUUGAUCAUCCAGUCUUCUAUCUAUAUGAUUUGUUUCGGCUCUCAAUGCAAUAUUUCCGUGGUGCAAAACAGCACAGAUUUGAGAAAAAUUAAAAUACAAUCAGCGUGAUUAACUUUGAAACGUUUUUAACAAUGUGGGUUAAAUCUGUAGUUUAAAAAAAGGAGUAGCCCCCCUGCCACUGAUUUGGUGACCAGCUGAGGGAUGGGGCUGGAGAAAUGGAACCACUCAAAUGCAUAGAUAGAGCUGUGGAUGUGAGGACUGACCAUCCAUGAUAUCAACAUUAGUUUUAACCAUGUUUUGAGGUCGUACAGUGUUUGUUUACAAUUACAUC